UACCAUUUUGAAUACACAGAAUGUGAUAGCAGUGGAUCCAGAUGGAGAGUAGCAGUCCCAAAUCCAGGAUCUGAAUGUUCUGGUUUGCCUGAUCCUGUCAAAGGGAAGGAAUGCACUUUUUCUUGCGCUUCUGGUGAAUAUCUAGAAAUGAAGAACCAGGCUUGCAGUAAAUGUGCCGAAGGGACUUACUCGCUGGGAAGCGGGAUCAAAUUCGAUGAAUGGGAUGACCUGCCUGCAGGAUUCUCUAAUGUGGCAACGUACAUGGAUACUACUCUUGGCUCAGCUGAGAGUAAAGCAGACAGCUGUGCUAAAUCUUCGUGGACUCCUCGUGGGAAUUACAUUGAGUCAAAUAGGGACGACUGCACCGUCUCUCUAAUCUACACUGUCCAUCUGAAGAAGUCUGGUUCUGUCGUCUUUGAAUAUCAGUACAUUGACAACAACAUCUUCUUUGAAUUUUUCAUUCAAAAUGACCAGUGCCAAGAAAUGGACUCCACCAGCGAUAAGUGGGUGAAAUUAACAGAUAAUGGUGAAUGGGGCUCUUAUUCUGUAACAUUGAAAUCAGGUACUAAUAUACUGUACUGGAGAACAACUGGGAUACUCAUGGGUUCACAGGUGGUGAAACCCGUUCUUGUGAAAAACAUCACAAUUGAAGGGGUGGCCUAUACAUCUGAAUGCUUUCCUUGCAAGCCUGGCACAUUUAGCAGUAAACCAGGAUCUUCCAUGUGUGAGAUCUGUCCAAGAAACACCUACUCAGAAAAGGGUGCUAAGGAAUGCACUCCAUGUCCAGAAUCAACACAUUAUUCAGAUGAGGGAUCAAGCCAGUGUCUGGAACGUCUUCCUUGCUCAAAUAAAGACUUUUUCCAAAUCCAUACUCCGUGCGACCAGGAGGGAAAAACUCAGCUCAUGUACAAAUGGGUAGAGCCUAAGAUCUGCCGAGAGGACGUUUCCAAAGCAGCGAGACUACCUCCUUCAGGAGAAAGGAAGGAAUGCCCACCUUGCAAUCCUGGUUUCUACAACAAUGGCUCAUCGUUUUGCACUCCUUGUCCAUCAGGGAUGUUUUCUGAUGGAACUCAGGACUGCAAGGCCUGUCCUGCUGGGACUGAACCAGUGCAGGGACUGGAAUAUAAGUGGUGGAAUGUAUUGCCUCUGAACAUGAAGACCUCUUGUUUCAAUGUUGGGAAUUCAAAAUGCGAUGGGAUGAAUGGCUGGGAAGUUGCUGGUGACUACAUCCAGAGUGGGGCAGGAGGCACAGAUAAUGAUUAUCUCAUUGUGAAUCUUCAUGUACCAGGAUUUAAGCCUCCCACAUCAGUAACAGGAGCGACAGGCUCAGAACUUGGACGGAUCACUUUCGUGUUUGAGACCAUUUGCUCUGCAGACUGUGUGCUCUACUUCAUGGUGGACAUAAAUAAAAAGAGCACAAACGUUGUGGAAUCAUGGAGCGGAGCUAAGGGGAAGCAGUCGUACGCCCAUAUAAUUUCCAAGAAUGCUUCAUUUACAUUCACGUGGGCUUUCCAGAGAACCAAUCAAGGGCAAGAUACUACUUCUUUUCAGAACAGGAAGCUCAUCAAUGACGUGGCCAAAAUCUACUCGAUUACUGUGAGCAAUGUGGUGGAUGGUGUGGCCUCAUCCUGCCAGGCCUGUGCUAUUGGUUUAGAACAGUCUGGCUCAUCCUGCAUCCCUUGCCCUGUUGGGCACUACAUCGAGAAGGAGGCCAACCAGUGCCAAGAGUGUCCUUCCAAUACGUACCUCUCUAUCCAUCAAGCCUAUGGGGAGGAAGCCUGUGUCCCUUGUGGGCCUGGAAGCCAAAGCACCAAGGACCAUUCUGCAUGCUAUAGUGACUGCAUGUUUUCCUAUGUCAAGAACAACCAAAGUCUGACUUAUGAUUUUAGUAGUCUGAGCAGAGUGGGCUCAUUAAUGAAUGGACCAAGCUUUACAGCAAGAGGCACAAAAUUCUUCCAUUUCUUCAAUAUCAGCCUGUGUGGACACCAAGGAGAAAAGAGAGCAAUUUGUGCAGACAACAUAACUGAUAUCACUCUGAAGGAUAUGGUUGCUGAGUCAGAAGAUUAUUCCAAUGUUGUGAGGGCUUUUGUGUGCCAGUCAACCAUCAUCCCACCUGACAGCAAGGGUUUCCGCACUGCUUUGGCACUUCAGUCCAACAGCCUGGCUGACAUGUUCCUUGGAGCAACUGUUGAGACUACACUGGAAAAUAUUAAUGUUAAGCCAGAAAUGUUUGAGCAUUCUGAAAGAAAGAUACCUGAUGUGCAUUUCUAUUACAAGUCUUCAGGAGUUACAGCCACUUGUGAAAACGGGCGUGCCUCUGUUGUGACAAUGAGGUGCAACCCCACAAAACUUGGCCAGGGAGAAAUUUCAGUUCCCAGUUCUUGUCCUGCAGGUACUUGUGAUGGAUGUGUAUUCCACUUCUUGUGGGAAAGUGCGGGAGCUUGUCCCAUGUGUACAGAGCAGGACUAUCAUGAGAUUGAGAGUGCUUGUAAAAAAGGACACCAGGAAACCUUGUAUGUCUGGAACGAACCAAAGUUAUGUAUAAAAGGGGUUUCCUUGCCUGAGAAAAAGAUCAUAAUCUGUGAAACAGUGGAUUUCUGGCUGAAAGUUGGUGCAGGGGUUGGUGCUUUCACAGGCGUCCUGCUCGUUGCCUUAACUUGCUAUUUCUGGAAGAAGAACCAGAAAUUAGAGUAUAAAUAUUCUAAACUGGUGAUGACAGCCAAUUCGAAGGAGUGUGAACUUCCUGCGGCCGAUAGCUGUGCUAUCAUGGAAGGGGAAGACAAUGAAGAGGAAAUAGUGUAUUCCAAUACACAGUCGUUGUUAGGAAAACUCAAGUCACUGGCCACUAAGGAAAAAGAAGACCGCUUUGAAUCUGUCCAGCUGAAAUCCUCCAGAUCUCAAAAUAUAUGAAGAUUCGGUUUUCCCUUUGAGCCCGAUUUCUAUUGCCAGGGGACCAAUUUUUCAACUUGUGCUGGCCCACAUCUGAGGGUGGCUUACUGUGAGAAAUGUUGAGCGAUCCCAGGUGGACAAAGAAAGCAGCAGAGAAAGAGAAGAAAAAAGAAGACACUGCCUUAUUGUGACACUAAGUUGCCAAAAGCAUUUGGCAUCCUAAAGCUGGGGUUCUCUAGCCAUUUGCAUCCUAAAGCUGGGGUGAACCUCAACUCAGGGAGUGAGGAAGCAUGAACAGUGUAUCCCUUUGUGUUGGCUCCAGAGGCAGAAAAUCUGCAUGUCAACUCCCUGAAUGUAGCAAGAAAUUAAGAAACGUACAGUUUCCUGCCCUCCCUGCCCCCUCUAUUCCCACUUCUGUUCCAGAUGUUGCUUACUCUGUCCUGAGAGAGAGGUCAUACCUGACGAGGUGGAAACCUACCUGCACAUUGUUCUGGCAUGGCCGAUGCUUCUUCUUGGUAUCCCUGAAGUUCCCUGCUGUCACAGAAAUGAAACUGCUUGUGUUUUAGAACGUUUUCUCAGUGCCGUGACCAGACUCUGUUGAUGUGCUGUGGUUGCGGCAUUGAGUUUUCUUCUUGGAAUUGAAACAUCGAUCAAUACUUGAAACAGAAGAACUGUGGAUGGUUCCAGUUGCAUCUUUGAAAAGGUUUCUUUCUAAUCUUUGGAAAGGAACGUACUUGUCAUAGAAAGGGGUGGGGUCUUGCUUAAGAUUGGGGAUCUAGUUUCCCACCCACAGAAUUGGCUUCUCUAGUUGCAGAUGUAUCCAGUACACGGUCGCACGCAAGAGUUGGAUCACUCAAGGAUAAAGAUGUCAUUCCCUACAUGGUUAACCAGAAGGGCACCCCUCUGUGUUCAGUGGGACUUGUCCCCUAACAAGAAUGCUUGGCAGUGCUGCAUGGUCAGAGAUUUGUGUCAGCUUACACAUGCACCCAAACUACCCUAUUGGCUUUAUACAAGCCCCUUCUGAUGGAGGUAACUUUCCCCAAGAUUUUGGUUAUUUUACUUACACCUUAAAAAGGAAUCCUAUGCAUACUCUUCAAGGGUUGGUUAGUAGCGUAGAAAAUGGGACUGUAGGGACAUGGGUUGGUAAUGAGGAAUUAACUGCCUUCAUGCAGGCUCAUUUCAAGCACUGAUUGCACAUGGCUACUGAAUGUAAGAAAUGGCCCUUCUUAAUGUUAACAUUCAUCUGAACAUUUAGAUGCUUGAAGACCAUGUUGGGUAUAUGCACAUAUUUCUAGAUCUAGAGGGAAAUAAUCAGUGCAAAUUGGGCUUCAAGAAGAAAUGAUAUAAUCCUAUUUCCCUGCACACUUCUUCCUUUUUCAGAGUUACUUUUUUCUGUAUGAUUUUAGACAUCACAGUCAGUCUGGGGUACCCUCCAUGUUGUAGAAGAAGUAACAUUCAAACUGACACAGAGUCAACAGUUGGGUAUAAAAGCUGUGGGUGUGAAAGAGAAGGGAAGCAGGAUUAACUUGGACCAUGUUCACCAUAAGAGCUUCCUAUUGUUGCAGAAUCAUUUUCCUGCAGGUGAGAAACCACGGGCUAGAGGUACCACGGUGGCAUUUCAGGCCUGCUGUGGCCCUUGGUUCUUGUAUCGACCAUCACCAAUGUGAGAAAUCAGCCAUAAGGAUUUCAUAUAAUCUUCACAUUUUCAGAAUUUCCAACAUAAUGGCUAUUGAUGCAAAAUAAAUAUUCAUCAGUAUAAAACUAGGGAGAUAAAUUCUAUGAGAGAUACAGUAUCUUUUAUAAAUGUAUAGUUAAAUUAUGGAUGAACUGUGAACUGGGAUUUUUAAUGAGUUCUAAUAAGUUCUAAAAAUGGUUCUAAUGAAUUUUAAAAAUAUAUAGCUGUAUGUAUAACAUAAAGCACUGAAAAAUAAGUGAGAGUAGUGAGGUUUUUUUUUUAAAGAAAAAAAAGCCAUUUACUUGCUGGGUUUUUAUGGUAGACAUUGAUUAAUAAUCUGUCUCUGAAUGAAACCAAAUCUGAAACUGUAUGCAUUCUGAAUAAUUAUCCUAUAGUCCCAAAACAGGAUUUUGAAGAUUUACUAAUCUUUCAUAUGAGAAAGAUAAUUAAAUUUACCAAAUCUGCUACAAACAGUUGGAGAAUGUAGGAUUUCUCUUUUUUUGUGUCUGUGGUCAUAGAAAUUCAGCGAGUGUUUGCAAUUCCUCAUUGUUAAAAUUGCAUUAUGCUUCACCCCUACAUACACAGGCACAGAAAAGAUGUGAAACAGCACAUUUUCUUACAUUUGAAUGCUUGAACAAAACAAUCUUGUGCAUUUUUACUCGGAAGUAUGCUGCAUGGGUUUCAGUGGGACUUACUCCACAGUAGCUAUGCACUGGAUUAUAAUUAGAAGGCCAUUUUGUAUAUUUUGUGCAGCAGUGGUCCAUAAGCUUUUAUAUAUUUAUUUGCAGUAACUGUUUGGGACAUUGCUCUUUAUUAGAUAGGAGAUGAGGUAUUACUGUUUCUUUGUGGAAUGCCUAAGGGGCAUCCUUCUUGGUGUAAACCAGUGUUCUUCAACCUUGGCCACUGUAAGAAG